CAUUGGCCGAGACGCGCCGCCGGGACCGCCGCCCAUUGGCUGAGAGCGCGGGGGCGGUGCCGGCGGGGCGGGAGCGCGGCCCGGGAGCCGUCAGGGGGCGCUGCCCGGCCCCGCCCUCCGGCCAAUCAGAGCCGGGCGGCGGCAACGAGCCAACCGGAGAGAAGGGGCGGGGUCUCACGGGGCGCAGCGGCCAAUGGGAGCGGGGCGGGGCGGGGCCCGGCCCGAGGCACGUGCGGCCGCGCACGUGUCCGCGUGGGGCCGCCGCGGGCGGGGCGGGACCGGCACCGGGACCGGGCACGGAGAGCGGGACACCGGAACCGCGGCACCGGCACCGGGACACCGGCACGGCCACAGCGGCACCCGCUCAGCGACACUCGCACCGGCCGGGAAACGGGGACAGCCACACCGGCAGCGGGACGCCGAUACCGGCACAGCGAUACUGGAAUAGUGAUACCGGCACUGGGUCAGGGACGGGAACGGCGACACCGGCGGCGGGGCACAGGCGCUGAGACAGGGACACCGGCAUCACCGCAGGUGCAGCCGGGAGCAGACAGCCUCGGCUGUUUGACCCUGCUGGAGCUGAACGCAGGGACAGGCUGCCCUGGGGGGGCCACCCCCGCCAUGGAGCCCCCCGCCCGCACCUGCUCCUGCGGCUCCCCUGCCUCUGACAGCGAGGCCGAGCCCGGCAGCUCACCCCGGAGCCCCCCCAGACCCGAGCGCAGCCGCAAGCGCCCGGGGGGGCUGGACCGAGCACCCCCCGAAUCGCCGCCGUCACCCCGCGGGGGGAAGCGCCCGCGGAAAGGAGAGGGGGGGGACGUCCCUCCCAGCGAUGGCGAUCGCCUCUUUGCCCAAAAGUGCCAGGAGCUCCGGGGCUUCAUCCGGCCGCUGGCCGAGCUGCUGGAGGGGCUGCGGCGGGGCCGGUACGACAGAGGGCUGAGCAGCUUCCAGCAGAGCGUGGCCAUGGACCGGCUCCAGCGGAUCAUUGGGGUCCUGCAGAAGCCAGAAAUGGGUGCCCGCUACCUGGGGACGCUGCUGCAGGUGGAGGCGAUGCUGCGGCUCUGGUUCCCCCACGUCGCCCCCAAACCCACGCUGGACUCGACCCCCUCCACGGCUCCCCCGCGCCGCCGCCCCCCCGCCGGUCCCCCCGGGGCUCCCCGGUGCCGCCGCCUGCCCGGGGACCUCCCCCUCGGCAGCCCCGCGGGGACACUACAGCAGCGGGGGUCCCCCCAGUGCCAAGCCGGGACCCCCGAGUCGCCCCCGGCGCCGGACGUGUGACGCCCCCCCCGGCUCUUGGGGGGGGGAAGAUCUCGUCUGCAUUUCUUGGUUUUGCCUUUUUUGAUUGUUUUUUGUUUUUUUUUUUUUUUUUACGGGAUGUCAGUGAGACCCGCGGGCGGGCGGGACUGACCGGGGGAGGGGUCCCGGGAGGGGUCCCGGGAGGGGUCCCAACCUCCCCCCACCCCAAAAGCCCCAACCGCGGGGCGGCCGCGUGCCUUGGCCGGAGCGGAGCCCCCUCCCCGCGGGGACCGGGCUCUCCCGGGCUUGUGCCUUCCCCCGUGAGCGCGGAGGGUGCGGACCCCCGAGCGGUGGGUGCGGACCCCCGAGCGGGGAGGGCCCCGCUGGAAGCAAUAAACGCCGCGGGAGCGGCCGGGGCCA